AUGGAAGGAAUGAAAAGGAAAAUGGGGCGGAAGAGCCGCAGAGGCGCUGUUCCCUUAACAGCAGCAGCUUUGAGCGUCGAGGGUCAGAGGUCAUCAUGGUUAAACAGGUGUGGAGGACAGACAGGUAUUUCCUACCUGCUGGAGGCAGCAGCGUGGCAAAGGUUCGAUUCCCUGUCAGUUCAACGCAGAGACUGCCGCCUCUACCUCAGCAAGUUUCAGGGUCAGGAAGUUCUGACGGCCGGCUGCGCUGCUGCACCGCCACCGCUGAAGAAAAGGGAAGAACUGAUGGGCGGAGCCACGCUGGAGGCCAGGGUUCUGAUGGAGGUUCAGGAGAGAGUGAACCCAAGAGAGCCAGGCAGGAAAGAACUUUUAUUCACCACAGCGCCAGCAGCUCUUCACGACUCUUCGGUCUGGCUCGGAAACGAGGAGUCUGCAGCUCUGACCAAAGCUUCUGCGUCAUGUGAUCCAGCAGAAGGUGUUCCUGUUGGUGACCAGCAGGGGGCAGCAGAGCUCAGUGAGGACAGCAGAGCGGCUCAGCUGCAGAGUGUGGGCUCUCUGAAGGUCACCAUCCAGAGGAGCAGUGAGAGCAGAGAGUUCGGACCGACGGAGCGGACGGCGGAGCAGCCGGCAGGUGGUCUUCACUGUCAUGUCUGUAACGUCACCUGUCGUUCUCCUCAGGUGUUUCAGGAGCACAUGUCAGGACAGGAACACGUGAGGAAACUCCAGGAGGUCACACACAGCAUCUGCCUGAACACACACACCCUGCUGGACAGGGGGCGGCGGCCUCACGCACAGCGUUGGUGCGACACCUGCCAGAUCCACUUCAGCGGUGAGGUCAUCAACCAUCGACGCACAGAACAGCACAAGGUGUGUAAAAAGGUGGGUCGUCCCUUCUGUUCGGUGUGUAAACGACACUUCAGGACACCCAGGAAGUUUGUGGAGCACAUGAAGUCUGCAGAUCACAAAGAGCAGGUGCAGCUGGAGGAGGCUCAGGAGGAGGAGCUUAUCACGGUGGAUGCUGUUGGCUGCUUUGAAGAGGAAGAAGAAGAAGAGGAGGAGGAGGAGGAGGAGGAGGAGGAAGUGAAUCCGUCUGAGCCAAUCGAGACGAAGGAGCGUGAUGAAGAGGAGGACGACCGUCACGGAAGUGGUUUUGUGGUUCCUGUUUGCGGCUUCGUGUGUCGACUCUGCCACAAGUUUUUCUACAAAGAAGCUCGACGCACACACUGCAGGACACACACACACCGCCUCCACGUGCAGAACUACAGAGCUCAGAGGAGAAGACGAGGACAAGAGGACGAAGGUGAGGACAGAUCUGCUCCAAGCUGACCCGAUGACACCG